AUGACCUGCAGUGAUCACACACGGCUUAGUACACGGCCUGCUCGUACAGGAGACAUAACAACACCUAAGUUGCUCCUUCAAGAAGACCCUCUUCUUCUCGAGCGCUUCUUCUCUCUGCCUACUCAAGAUAAUCCUCUUCAUGUCUUAGCCUUCUCCGGGCAAGCCGCCUUCACAAAAGAAAUCUUCCGCCACAAGCAAGAGUUAGCUCUGGAGCCAAACCAGCAAGGGUUUAGCCCUAUUCAUAUAGCUUCAGCCUCAGGGAACAUAGAAGUUGUGAAAGCGCUCCUAAGCAUUGGUCGGAAAUGUGAUAUCUGCUUGUUGAAGGACAAAGACGAUUUGAUUCCUCUUCACCUCGCAGUGCAAAGAGGAAGAGUCGAGGUCAUAAAAUUGCUGGUUUCUUCAUUCCCUGAAUCUCUUCGGAAAGUAACUGCUUCUCUUGAGACUCCUCUUCAUGUUGCUGUAAAUAACAAUCAAGUGGAAGCUACAAAGUUGUUGCUGGAAGAGAUCAAGAAGCAUAAUAUGUCGGAGUGGAUCGUUAACAUGGGAAAUCGAGAAGGCAAUUCAGUCUUGCAUCUUGCAACCCUUGGGAAACAGCUUCAGGCAAGUAGUGUUUUAAACCUGACACUUUAA